CGAGAAAACCACGAUUCAAGUUCAUAAAAACAAUCCAAAGUUCGGUUUACAUUCCCAUUUCGGUUUCAAACGAAAAAAUCAUUUCCGUCCGAGCGUAAAUAAUGAAUUCACAGCGGGGACAGACCGCGAGUCAUGUGAAGCAUGCGUAGGACAGGUUACGACUCGUAAACAAACUACACCGGUUGUAAUAAAUACACACUCGCAACUCUCUGCCACUCAGAUAGCUGCUGUAUACAAAGAAGUGAAGAACUUAGCAAUUAGAAGUCAACGCUUUAAACAUCUUUAAGCGAGAAGACGCUUGAAAGAGACGAAGCAAAAGAAAGUAGACAACCAGAAGUACACAAUCGUAAUCCAAAAGAAGAAGAAUCAUGGUCAUCGGCGUAUUCAAAGUUCCUUCGUUCCUGAAACGAAAGCAUCAUCCAAGCCAACGAUUAGACAACGAGGACUCCGCGGAAUCUGCCCAAUCAUCACCGAAAGCCGAAAAACCUGGGACAAGUUCAGACGCUCCCGAAGUCUCGGCCACUUCAGUUAGCAUUGAUAUUCCCGACAAGAAACACGUACGUCGAGUACGAACCGUUUCAGGAUCUAGUGGACACUCAAGUCAGUCCGAACCAACCCCACGUUCAAGGCGAUUCCCAAAUUUCUCUUCCGGAUCGAACUUCUCUGGCGAUUCGAUCAUCCAUCAUCUUGACAAACUCAGCGAACGAGAUCAGGUUUGGUUCCAAGCGUACAGAUUCGGCGGUCGAUAAAUUUGAACAGUUUGAAUGCCAAAUAUUUUCAGUUGGGAGACUUUGACCUCGGAAUUGGGAGUUCCCACUUAAACGAUGAUUUGAAGAGAUGAAACAUGUAUUGUAUAGAACUCGGAAAGACAUACGAGUAAACUUUUACAUUCAAAAAUAAUUUGUAUAUUUUAGUUUAGGUUGUAUAUAGCAAGAUGUGUUUAUAUGAGUAAUUCUGUGAAAUUCUUUGGCGGCGUCUGUUUCCCGCCAACUUUUAGACUUGAGUUUCGAUCCAAUGUUAAAGUAAGAUUUGAAUACUUUUUAUUGAAUAUUAGUUUGAAACGUAUCCGUUGUGAGACUUGUGAGUAAGGGUCCUAUAGUGAGACUCAGAGAAUUAAAAUUGAAUUGACGAAAGGCGUUUGCCUGAACUUCAUUGAUGCAUAGAUGAUGAGGAAUCUUAGAUGAUGAAUAGAUGAGGAUCCGGAUAAUAUCGUCAUGUCUUGAGCAAAUUUCAGUUUCGGAUAAAAGAGUGUUCACUUUCGAAGGUCGACAUAGAAAGUUUUGGGAGCAUUUUUGUUCGCCAUUUACUAUCUUAGGAGUAAAUUUUUGUCAAUUUGUAGGCGUUGGUAUCGCCUACGCAAUUUUUUGUGUUGAAAUGAAAAAAGUAUAAUGAAAAUUGAAAAUAUGCCUCACUUUUAGUUGAUGUUUUCGUUUUAUAGUAGCAUGUAUUUGUCAAAAAGAAUUCGGUCUAUAUAAGCCAUCAACUGAAGAAUUAAGUACAAAACGAAAGCUCAGACUAAGUAUGUCGAAGGCAGAUAUUAUUACUCAAUGUAAACACACUGUGUCAUUGUUUUGAUAUUGUGCGGUUUGUUGUAGUAUGCAAAUUUCCGCGUGUUCGUUUGCUACUGCAGGAAAUUACCUAUCGACCUGUAGAAACAAGAUAUGUAAAUAAGCAUAAAUUCCGCCAGUUCGCGCUCAAAGCAAGAUGAAAUUGUAUUACUAUUUUUAAGCAUCAUAUUAUGUAAUAAUAUGGUAUAGUUAAUAUGUUUUGUAUGAAAGAAAGUGUUGUAAGAUAUAUAUAUAUAUAUGUACAUAUAGAUAAUGUAAAGAAUAUGGAUUUAAUUAAAUGCCGCAAGGUAUUUGUGUAUAUAUAAGUACUUAAAUUGGAGACAUAUUGAUUGAUCGUUUUAGCGCGAAAUAUUCGCUAUUAAGUAAGAUAACUAUUUAAUAAAGUAUUUUUAACCAAAGUAAUAAAUGCGAAGUAUUCAAAUUUUGUCUUGUUGUUAUCUCUGCGCAUUUCCCAGCGAGUACUGUACAAGUUUGAUCAUUUUUCGCAUUAAAUUGCUGUGCUAAACAAACAGAUCGUAUUUCCAUGUGUUGUUACUUUCUUUUUCGAGUUAAACCACGUUUAACUGUGGUUAAACAAACAUGUUUUAAUUGUGGUUAAUACACGCUAAGCCACAUUGAAUCAACCGAGGACCUACAUCAGCGCUUGCACGUAAAACGUUUUUUACUCAAAUAGAAGGACUCACUUUUAACAUUCAGGAAUAUUUUAUCAUAAAUUAAGGGUGUGAAGGGAACACGCUGUUUAGUUUAUACAGGGUGUAUAAAAAAACUGAACA